GUAGUAUUGAAGUAUUUUAAUAUUUUAUGAAGGGAGGCUAUCCAUAAACAAAGACCUUUCUCCACCUCCUUGUCGAUAUCAAAAUAAGCCCGCCUCAAUCUUAAGCCCCGCCUACUGACAGAAGCUAAGAAGUCAGAACAGUGCAUACAAUGUUGGAAUAGCAGCUCUAACAAGCCGAGCAUCUGAAGUUGUUAACCGUCCCGAGUGGCUGACCGGCGCAUAAUUCUGUAGCCGCACUUACUAACUCAACGCGAACAGGCACUUCCAAAGUGUUCGUGCCAACAGUUCGGUUAAACCACCCACACAUUAAUUCCUUCCGCAUGGAUAAGUGCCGACGAUAGACACCCAAAUAUUAGGAUAUGGACACGCACUCGCUAGGCCGAACUCGUCAAACACCUGCGGCUAGAAAUCACAUCGUCUACACCGACCAUAAAGGACGAAAGAUUCCUUAUGCCGACAAGAUCACUCCGGAGCCAAUCCUCAACAACAAUGCGGCUCGGGACACAAAGGCGGACUCGAUCAGGAACAGUUAUAAUAGCCAAUUCAAAGUUGGCAUUUACGGCUGGCGGAAGAAAUGCCUUUACAUUCUUGUCAUGGCACUCAUGUUUAUGAUGAUUAUAAAUCUCGCAUUGACGCUUUGGGUUUUGAAAGUUUUAGAUUUUAAUUCGGAAGGAAUGGGUCAGCUCCGAAUAGUGCCAGGUGGUCUACAGUUACUCGGACAAGCUCUAGUGUUAGAUUCGUUGUUUGCUUCAAGCGUAAAGUCGCGACGCGGCCAUCCGAUAUCCAUCGAAUCUUCGAGAAAUUUUACAGUUUCCACGCGAGAUGCUCAUGGCAUUGUUCAGAGUAGAUUGUUUUUAAGUCACGAUCGCUUAGAAGUGAAUGUGGGGCGGUUAGAAGUACGUGACGCUCGCGGGAGCUUGCUGCUCGGCGCGGGCCACGAUGCGGUGACGGUGGGCGCAGAUAACUUGCUAGUAGCCAGCCCUGCCGGCGCGUCUUUCAACACCGCAGUACAAACUCCGCUCGUUAAAGCGCCGCCGUCUAAACAAUUGAUGCUGGAAUCUCCGACGCGUUCACUAGAGAUGCACGCGGCACAAAAUAUUGCGCUGGAGUCGCGCGCUGGUGACAUCAGUGCUAGUUGCCUCACCACGUUCCGCCUGCGGUCUGUCGCCGGAUCGAUAAGAUUAGACGCGCCAAGUAUAUACAUGCCCAAGCUAAAAUCUGCACUACCACUACCACCGUCGGCGGCACAUUCUCACGACCCUCAUCAUCAGAAUAUCUACCAGCUAUGUGCGUGUGCGAACGGCAAGUUAUUUCUUGCGCCACCCCAUGGGGUUUGCGCAGCGAGAGAGGAGAGUCUUAUAUGCCGAUGAUGUUUUUGUACUAUGAUUAUUAUGUGAUUGAUGUAAGAAGACUUAGACUGCAUUAAUGGUACGUUCGAUAGUAUUUGUUUGGCUGUUCGCAUAUUUUAUGAAUGUGUUUAUUUGUAAAUUAUUCUUGUCCCCUUCAUUGUUGUUACAAAAAUUGUUUUCGAGUAUCA